CUACGUUGCACUUUACAACAUAAUCUUUGUGUACAUUUUUGUUUUUCUUUUGUUUUCCUAAAAUCUAAUCGCAAGAAAAUUAAUGUUCAAACGAUCCGCAAAAAUACAGGCGCCGGAAAUACAGCAAGCCCGGUUGGGGAGAACAGGGCGGAGCCCGGGGUCACGUGACUGUCUAGACCCGCCCCCCUCUGCAGCUGAAGACUUCCCUUCCCACAGUGACAGAGCCUCUGUGUAGGUGAUCGGCAGUUUCUUCAUCUCGCGCCCCGGCAGGUAAGUUAACAUGAUGGAUUUCUCCAAGCUACCCAAAAUACGUGAUGAAGAUAAAGAAAGCACGUUUGGUUAUGUGCAUGGGGUCUCAGGACCUGUGGUUACAGCUUGUGACAUGGCAGGUGCAGCCAUGUAUGAACUGGUGAGAGUGGGCCACAGUGAGUUGGUUGGAGAGAUUAUCCGAUUGGAGGGUGACAUGGCCACUAUCCAGGUGUAUGAAGAAACCUCUGGUGUGUCUGUUGGAGAUCCUGUACUCCGCACUGGUAAACCCCUCUCAGUAGAGCUUGGUCCUGGCAUUAUGGGAGCCAUUUUUGAUGGUAUUCAAAGACCUUUGUCGGAUAUCAGCAGUCAGACUCAAAGUAUUUACAUUCCCAGAGGAGUAAAUGUGUCUGCUCUUAGCAGAGAUGUCAAAUGGGAUUUCACACCUUGCAAAAACCUACGGGUUGGUAGUCACAUCACUGGUGGAGAUAUUUAUGGAAUUGUCAUCGAGAACUCCCUCAUCAAACACAAAAUCAUGUUGCCCCCACGAAACAGAGGAACUGUCACUUACAUUGCUCCACCUGGAAAUUACGAUACCUCUGAUGUUGUGUUGGAGCUUGAAUUUGAAGGUAUAAAGGAGAAGUUCAGCAUGGUCCAAGUAUGGCCUGUACGUCAGGUUCGGCCUGUCACUGAGAAGUUGCCAGCUAAUCAUCCUCUGUUGACUGGCCAGAGAGUCCUUGAUGCCCUUUUUCCAUGUGUACAGGGAGGAACUACUGCAAUCCCUGGGGCUUUUGGCUGUGGAAAGACGGUGAUAUCGCAGUCUCUAUCCAAAUAUUCCAACAGUGAUGUGAUUAUCUAUGUAGGAUGUGGUGAGAGAGGAAAUGAGAUGUCUGAAGUCCUCCGGGACUUCCCAGAGCUCACGAUGGAAGUUGAUGGUAAGGUAGAGUCAAUUAUGAAGAGAACAGCGUUGGUAGCCAAUACCUCUAAUAUGCCUGUUGCUGCUAGAGAAGCCUCUAUUUAUACUGGAAUUACACUGUCAGAAUAUUUCCGUGACAUGGGCUAUCACGUCAGUAUGAUGGCUGACUCUACCUCUAGAUGGGCUGAGGCUCUUAGAGAAAUCUCUGGUCGCUUAGCUGAAAUGCCUGCAGAUAGUGGAUAUCCUGCAUAUCUCGGUGCCCGUCUGGCCUCAUUCUAUGAGCGAGCUGGCAGAGUGAAAUGUCUUGGAAAUCCUGAGAGAGAAGGGAGUGUCAGCAUUGUAGGAGCAGUUUCUCCACCUGGUGGUGAUUUUUCUGAUCCAGUUACAUCUGCUACUCUUGGUAUUGUUCAGGUGUUCUGGGGCUUAGAUAAGAAACUUGCUCAACGGAAGCAUUUCCCGUCUGUCAACUGGCUGAUCAGCUACAGCAAGUACAUGCGUGCCUUGGAUGAGUACUAUGACAAACACUUCACAGAGUUUGUUCCUCUGAGGACCAAAGCUAAGGAGAUUCUGCAGGAAGAAGAAGACUUGGCAGAAAUUGUACAGCUUGUGGGAAAGGCUUCACUAGCAGAAACAGAUAAAAUCACUCUGGAGGUAGCAAAACUUAUCAAAGAUGAUUUCCUUCAACAAAAUGGAUAUACUCCUUAUGACAGGUUCUGCCCAUUCUACAAGACAGUAGGGAUGCUGUCCAACAUGAUUGCAUUUUAUGAUAUGGCCCGCAGAGCUGUUGAAACCACUGCCCAGAGUGACAAUAAAAUCACAUGGUCCAUUAUCCGUGAGCACAUGGGGGAGAUCCUGUAUAAGCUUUCCUCCAUGAAGUUCAAGGAUCCAGUGAAAGAUGGUGAGGCAAAGAUCAAGGCCGACUAUGCACAACUUCUUGAAGAUAUGCAGAAUGCAUUCCGUAGCCUUGAAGAUUAGAACUGUGAUUUCUUUCCUCCUUUUCCUCAGCAAGCUCUCAUAUGUGUAUAUUUUCCUAAAUUUCUCAUCUCAAACCCUUUGCUUCUUAUUGUGCAGCUUUGAGACUAGUGCCUAUGUGUGUUAUCAUUUGUUUCCCUGUUUAUUUGGUAGGUCUUAUAUAAAACAAACAUUCCUUUGUUCCAGUGUU